AUGGAGAAGUUGGUACUCGCGCUGGUACACGUAUCCAGACGGCUACGCCGUUACUUUGGAAAUCACGUCAUCACCGUGUUAACCAACUACUGGAUCGGGCAAAUCCUCUCUAAGGCUGAAAUUUCUGGGAGACUAGCAAAAUGGGCCAUUGAACUGGGCGCACACACAUUGGUUUACAAACCACGCCCAGCAAUCAAAGGCCAAGUCUUAGCUGACAUCGCCGCGAAAGUACCGGCGAAUCGCAUUCAAGAAUGCGAAGAUGAACAAACCCCUACACAUCCACCGUCCUCAUCAGACAUCUGGGCACUAUAUAUUGAUGGUGCGUCCAACGAAGACGGUGCGGGUAUAGGUCUGCGACUCGUAAGCCCUGAUAGCCAAGAGCUCACCUACGCAAUCCGCCUCGAUUUCAAAAGUACAAAUAAUGAGACAGAAUACGAGGCUUUGCUAGCAGGGCUAUGCUUAGCAUUCAAGCUUGGCGUCCAACACUUGGAAGCACACGUCGACUCAUUACUAGUUGCGGGGCAAAUCCGCGGCGACUAUGCCGCGAAAGGAGAUAUUGUGAUCCUCUAUCUCGAGCAAGCCAUGCAGCUGAAAUCCAAGUUCACGUCCUUCAAUAUCCGACAUUUCAACAGGAGUGAAAACAAUCCCGCGGAUGCACUUUCAAAACUCGCAUCCACCAACUUCCAAUAUUUGGCAAAGGAGAUACAUAUUGAGAUCCUGCAAAAUCCCUUAGUACCCCUGCGCCAAGUUAACGUCAUCCAAUACGGGACAACGUCUUGGAUGACACCAAUCAUCGCAUAUUUACAAUCAGGUGUUACCCCCGAGAACAAAGCAGAGGCACGCAAACUACAAUACAAGGCGUGCCACUAUCAGAUGGGGGACAUGAUUUUAUACCGCAAAUCAUACCUAUGGCCACUCCUACGAUGCGUCGACCCUCAAGAUGCCACGUAUCUCAUCAGAGAAAUACACGACGGAAUAUGCGGCAUACAUGCAGGGCCGCGUAUGGUAGUGGUCAAAAUCAUGAACGUUGGGUAUUACUGGCCCGACAAGCACCUGGACGCCGUUAAAGUCUUGCGCAAGUGUUUGUAUUGUCAAUGA